UUGUAUCUUGGGCUUUGAAUGACAAGUGGUAGGAUGGUUAGUUAAACUUAGAAGCGGAGUGGUCAAGAAUGACGUAGGGCAAGCCCUCUGAAACUUGACGAACUGCUUACCGGUCUAUCCCUUGUUACUCCUGUCAGGUUGGUUAGCAAAAAGAGGUGAAGAUGCCGGACGCAGAUGGAAUCGAGCGGGGCCCGGCCGCUACACCAGAAGAUUUUGUCAAGACACUCAAGAAAAGGGAGUUGGCACGGCUACAAGUGCCAAAAAUCGACAUCUUCCAUUUUGAAGGGGAGAGGGUGUCGAAAUGGCUGAAGCUCCUGGAACAGGUUACAGCCGAGGUGCCUGAGGUAGAUAAGUUCAAGUUCCUACCUCGAUAUAUCUGGUGGGAAAUCCGGCCUGAGAUAAUGAAAGUAGUUGCUGAAACAGGGGGAGACUGGGCAAAGUUCAAGGUUGAGAUGCAAAGGCAAUUCAAGUUAGGGGAUGGCUUGCUGACUAAGACAAAUUUGGAGAUGCUAAAGCGGAAUGAGUUCUCCACAGUGGGGGUCUUCGCCACAGCGUUCGAGAAGAUGGCAAAGAAAGUCCCAGGGUUGGCGGAAGAGGAACAAUGUGCCACUUUCCUGUGGCACUUUAAGAAUUGGGAGGCCUCGUCGUUAACCAAGAAGGUUGCACCAGGAAAGAAACUGACUUGGGCUGCCAUAAAGGAAGGCGUGAUAGAAGGAGAACUGGACCAAGUAGACAUUUUUCAGAUGAGACAAGCCAGGAAGAAGAGGAAGGCUUUGGAUGCCAUCACGAGUGACGGACGCGAUUUCAAGAAAAUGAUAGAGGACGCGGUAACCCAGCUCGACGUGGAGAAGGAGACGAAAAGAAAAACUAUGGCGGCACCACAGACCCAAGGGAAAGUCAAAAAGGCAGUGGUGCAGGAGGAAGAAGAAGAAGAAAAGGAAGAGGGGCCUGAGCCACAGAAGUUGACAAAGGCCCUGAAGAAGGGAAGGAACUUGGCUCAGGGGGGGCAAGGCUCAGGGAGGGGUCAGGUCCCGCAAGCUGUAGCUAUGCCACCCCCGGAGCCACCCACGCCAAGAUCCGGAAUGCCUUACAGAUCACCCUCCAGGACGGGGAGGGUGCCACAUGCUGUCAGGACAAGGGCUAAAGGGUCGGUGAGCCCCAAAGAACCGGCGAAGAAUGUUCCUGAGAUAAGUGGAGAAAAGGAGGUAGUGGACGUUCCAGAAGAGGAGGAUGAUGAAGAUGAUAGGUUGAGAAAAGAAGAGGAUGAGAAGGUUGAGCAGAGAGCCAAGAAGAGAGAUGCCAAGCCUGAUACAGACAAGGCACAGGAAGUAAGGAAUAAGAAGUACGUCGCUCGAGUAGAAGAGGGGUACGAUGUACAGGAAAUAAUGGACAGAAUCCUUGAGGGUCAUAAUCACCUUAUGAACCUGAAGGACGUACUAGCCUCAGCGCCAAGGCUCCGAGAUGAGCUAAGGGCACGAUUAUCCAGGAAGAUGGUGGCCAACAUACGGUUAGGGACUAUAAUCCCCAAGGAGGCUGAGUGGGCUGAAACAGGUACUAAGAUGGACAAGAAGUUUGUCGCCUGUGGGUGCCUCGACGUUGUGGUGAAAGGGAAGACAUGCACUGCAAUGGUGGAUAGUGGAGCGAAAAUGAACCUCAUAAAGGAGGAACAUGCCGUAUGGCUGGGAAUGGAGGUAGACCGCUCUGACAACGGGGUUUUGAUGGGGGCCAACAGUCGAUCGGUAUUCAUUGGGACCGCGUCGUCAGUGAUAUUGGAGAUUAGAAAGGAUCUGCAGCGCCUGAACGCUGUGACAGUGAGAGACGCAAGUGGUCUCCCCAACGCUGAUGCUCUUUCAGAGGCAUGCGCAAGGAGGGUCAUUAUAUCACUCAUUGACUUGUAUUCAGGAUAUGACCAGUUUCCUGUAUACCCAUCAGACAGGCCAAUGACGGCCAUGCAUACCCCUCGAGGGCUGAUCCACAUGAACGUUGCGCCACAAGGGUGGAUGAAUGUGGUCGCCAUGGUCCAGCGGCACAUAGUGAGGGCAAUGCAGCCCAUAAGUCCUCACAUCACGCAGCCAUACAUUGAUGACUUGGCCGUGAAAGGGCCGAAGGAGAAAGAUGAGCAGGAGGUAAUGCCGGGAGUCAGACACUUUGUCUGGGAUCAUGUGCAAGACUUGUGCAAUGUCCUGGAUCUUUUGAAAGAGCAUAACCUCACUGCAAGCGGGUCGAAGUCAAGGCACUUCAUGAGUGGGGCCACUAUCUUAGGAUUUGUGUGCGACGAGAGGGGUCGUCGGCUAGAUACUAAGAAGACUAACAAGAUUCUCGAAUGGCCAACACCGUUCCAGACUAUCACGGAGGUGAGGAGCUUUCUGAGAACGUGUGGGUUCUGGAGGAUCUUCAUAAAAGGGUUUGCGGCAAAGACGGAGCAGUUACGAAAGCUUGUACGUCAGAGACAAAAUUGGGAAUGGGGAAACAAACAAGAAUCGGUGAUAGAAGGUCUGAAGAAAGAGUUCGAGGAAGGAGGUCUGGUACUGGGAGUAUCAGAUCAUGCGGCGGUAAUGACCAGACCUUUCAUUAUAGAGACGGAUGCAGGGCCGACUGCUUUAGGAGGAGUGUUGAUCCAAUGGCUGACGUACAUCUGGAUGUUCAAUUUUGAGCUAGAGCAGAUCCCAGGGAACAAAAAUAGGGCAAACAGGUUGAGUCGAGUCGACUGGGACAAAAACAAUCAAGGAGUGAUCGAGGAUACUCCGCCGGUCGACGGGUUCUUGGACAGCGAGGAGGAUGUGAGACCUCACAUCAACUCAUGGGCGUUGGCCAUGGGUAACUAUGUUACUCCAAGGCGACAUGUGUGGCUUGCGCCUCCAGGACAUGCGCGACGGCCAUACUUAGUCCUUAAGCCCUAUAUCGAAGAAGAUUCUUGGGGAAUGUCAGGUGUGGAUUGGAUGAUGGAGCUGGCAUUAGCGGGCAAGUACGAGCUGCAGGAAGACCUGCUCACGAUUGAGAGUGGGGCGCUACAAGUGGGCAAGCACGAGAAGGUGAUAGGUGGGAUGUACCUAUUGGCGAACGCGCUGCUUCACGAAGAGACAGUCAGGAAUACGGUACAACGGCAGGACGAAGAUGGUGAUAACGUGGUCCACAAGAGAGAAGACGAUGACUUUGAGGAAGGUGAGAUUAAGGAAGUGUUUCGGGCAGAGGAAUACGAGGGAGUAUACCUUGAACUCGGGAUGUUGUUGUCAUGUGAGAUAAGGGAAAGAGAUGCGUGUGCGAGAGUCCUGAAGAUGAGGCCAAGUUUCCUGGUAAGGGACGACCAUUUGUUCAUGAGAAGCAAAGGAAGGGAUCCCAGGAGAGUAGUUUGCGGCGUCGCCCGCCAGAUUGAUAUCAUGGCGGCCCUGCACGAUGGUACGACAGGUGGCCAUAAAGGUGCAAAUACGACUUACCUCAAGGUACACGAGCUGCACUAUUGGGAUGGCAUGGGGCAGAUGAUAAACGAUUACUGUAAGUCUUGUGUACCAUGCCAAGAGCGGUCCGCUCUUAGACCUAGGGAACCGCUUCACCCAAGGUAUGUUCAUGAAGUUGGAGCGGUCGUGCAUCUAGAUCUAUUGGCAAUGCCGCUGGGAAUAGGGAGCUACAACUUUAUCCUUGACGCGAGGGACAACCUCUCUGGGUUUGUGGAUGGCAGGGCCAUUCGCACGAAGACUGGCGAGACGCUGGCUCGAUGCAUCGAAGAAUACUAUCUUCGCUAUCCCUUUGACCUCGAGACUGAUCUGACCUUUGAGGAACUGCUGGAUUUGAGAGCACGUCAGAUCGGCGCUAUUGAGGACAGGAUUGAGGAAGCGGCAAGUAGGACAGCCGAUAGCCGUACCAAGGACAAGUUCCGAUGGGAUAAGAUGGCAAGGGUGAGAAAAGAACCCCUCAAGGUGGGAGACGUUGUGUUGUUGUAUGACUCGUCCCUGGAGAAGCAGUGGUCGCGGAAGCUAGACAAGAGGUGGUUGGGACCGUACAGGGUCACCAGGUAUCGGCACGGAGCGUACCAAAUUGAGGAGUUAAAUGGGGCGGCAUGGAAGGACUGGGUGUCGGGCUCAAAGCUGAAGAAGUUUGUUGCUCGGGACGAGACCCUUCGUUCGAUCUAUCAUGGAGUCUGCCAGGAAUUGGGGGCACUGCAAAAAGUUGUUGUGGAACUACUAUACUCCGGCUCGACAGGGAGGUCAGGAGAGCAUCACCAAGAGAUGAGGGUCAAGUUGGUCUCUACAGACCUGCUCAACCUGAGGGGCGUGAUGAAGGAAGGCUUCGCGGCAGCCAAAGCGUCAAAUCAGAAGAUUGGGGACAGGCUGACGAAGGUGGCACAAAAGACAUAUGGCCAGAAAGUGGAUUGGGAGAGAGAAGCUGAGGGUUUGAAGAAGGAGUUGGAAAGACAGGGCAGAGAGCUGGAAGCAGUAAAGGCAGAUAUGGAGAAGGUCGGGGCAGAGAACGAGGCCGUCAAGCAAGUCAACCAGACACUUAACAAGAUUACUGACGCGCUGAGGGCCUACUUAUAUGCCCAACAAAUCUCCUUUCAGGCAAAGGGGGUUGAAUGGGAGAAGAGAAUCCAAGACCUCGAGGCCAAGUACCCACAACAGGCUCCCAUCAGAGUGGUGGAUUGGACAGAGGUCCAGGAGUUUGAAAUUAAGGAACAGCCUGCGGAGGAAGUCUUCAAGAGGGAGGAGGAAGUAAAGAAGGCACACCAGCAGGAGGGCAAGGAGAUUCCUCGAAUCGACAAAGAGAUGUUGGAACAGCCAGGAGCACUAACGGAAAAGGACGCGGAGGUCGACGAGUUUGAGUGGAGAAUGCCAGCUGGUUUGACACUUGGACGUGAGCUAACACAAUUGGGGGAGGGACCGCCUGCUGAGGCAAUGAGAGUCGAGGAGGUUCCACCUACCACUCGGGGAGAGAUUAUGGGACAACAGGAGGGUCAGGAGAGCGUGGGUCAGACCAUGGUUGAGACUGAGCAAGGAGUGGACUUGAAGGACUGUCAGGAGUCAACUAUGCCUCAGGAGGUGCCAAUUACUAUAGAUCUACGGGACGCAUUGGGAUCUUGGGCCACCGGGUCGGGGCCAGAGGGACGCAUCGGCGAGCAGGUGGUGCGCGCGGAUGACCCCCCACCUCCUCAGAGGUCCCACGUUGUGGACUUGCCCAUAUGGAGGAUGAUGAGAUGAAAUGAAUGUUGUGAAGUGAA